CAGCAACUUGCAGGAGGCCUAUAUAUACAGGCACCCUUCUUCCAGCUCCAGCUACCAUUCAACAAAGCUCAUCGCAACCAACUAGCUAGACCUUCUUGGCCGUUGUGCGGUAGUGCACGCUGUGAGUGUGAGUGGCCAUUUCAAGAACAGGACACAGCAGGCUGUUAAUUUGUUUCAUCCUUGGAGUGAGCGAGAGGCCUUCUUGAGACGGUGCUAGAGUUGGAUCAGAAAGUUUGGUUCAGAGUUUUCAGACGCCAUGGGAGGCACGCUGGAGUACCUGUCCGACCUGCUGGGCGGCGGCGGCGGCAGCCGGCGGCGGUACAAGAAGAGGAAGCAGUUCCAGACGGUGGAGCUCAGGGUGCGCAUGGACUGCGACGGCUGCGAGAUGAAAGUCAGGAACGCCCUCUCCAGCAUGAAAGGUGUGCAGUCCGUGGAGAUCAACCGGAAGCAGUACAAGGUGACGGUGCAGGGGUACGUGGAGCCGCACAAGGUGGUGAAGCGCGUGCAGGCAACGGGGAAGAAGGCCGAGAUCUGGCCGUACGUGCCCUACAGCCACGUCGCGCACCCCUACGCCGCGCCGGCGUACGACAAGAAGGCGCCGCCGGGGUACGUGCGCAGGGUCGACGCCGUCAUGCCCGUCUCCAGCUACGGCGGACCCACGGCGGCCGGCCCGCAGGAGGAGCGCCUCGUCACCAUGUUCAGCGACGACAACCCCAACGCCUGCUCCAUCAUGUGAUCAAUUAAUUACCCUUUUUUUAUUUAGGUCGUGCAUGCCGCUUGUGGCAGGUUGAAGCUGUGGCUGGUGUUCGUGUUCACGGUGGUGACACCUAGAUAUAUAGCUGCCUAUAUGUUUGUGUAAAUAAGUUAAUAGAAAGUUUGUAAAGAGGGCAUGGGAGAAGGGAAAAUUUUCCAAGGUUCGUCUCUUUCUUGCA